AUGAAGCUAUUUGUCGCUUUUCUUUUUGCAUUUCAGCUACUUAUUUGUAAUGCAAAUUAUGCUUUGAAUAUAAAAUACUAUAAAUCUGCAGAUAAGAAUAAAGACGGAAAGCUCUCAAUUCUCACCACAGUGAGCGAACCAAAAAUUUUCUGCUUGUAAAAAAAUUAUAUAUAGCCCGAGCACCUUUAUGGCUCGGGCUUAAGGAUAUAUCCCGUGGGGAAACCCAAGCCAUAAAGGGUUUCUGGUGAUAUCGAAAUAAUUUUAGAGAAAUACUAAUUUAAUUUGUAAAAUUAAUGAUUUAAAAUUUAAUCUUAUUAAAAUUAAACAGAAUUAGCUAGAGAUUUCAUUAUAAUAGUUAUCACUUAUACAAAAUAUUAAGGAUUUUUAAUUGGUUUUGCUUGCUCACAGAGGGGGGAGUCAGGGCACCAAUUUAUAGAUGCAACAAUUCAAGCUAUAAACUCAGCUGUAAUUUUGAGGUAGGGAAUGGAAAAAGAUAAAGACAUGAUUGAAGACAUAGCAAUUGAUUUUAUGAAUAAGAAAGGAUUUUCAGACCAAAGCCUGAUUCCUUUGGCAGAAGUUGAGACAUGGAUUUCUACAGGGGAAUUUUUAAAAUUUUUUAAAACUUGGAGGGAGGCAAUGUUCAAGGAGCUUAUGAAAGCAAAAGAAUAUGACAGCAAAGAUAAACUGUGGAGAGAGUCUGCCUUGAAGUCUCCAAGCAGCUAUGGGUUAAAGUAUAAGGACUACAAACAGUUAAAGCCAAGCCCACAGCUUAACCCUUCUAGAAAGCACGAUUUAUAA